CUAGGAAAACCAAAACAUUGAAAAUAAUCUGCUCUGAUUCGCAAUCAGAAACAAUUUUCUACCUUGCCAAAGGAAGUCGUUUGGACAUCGGCUUGAUGCGUUUGUGAAAAACUGGAAUCAUGAAAGGCAGAGGAUGACUAGCAGAUAAAGUUUCUUCAAGAAAGAUGGACAGUUUUUAAGGUAAAUAUUUAUUAUACGCAUUUUACAUUUUUCUAUAUGAUAUAAUAUGAAUAGGAUAUAAAUGAAUAAAUAAUUAUACAGAACAUAAACCCUUCAGCAUCAAAUAAGAACUGUUAACAAUCUAAUGAAAAAACAAAAAUACGAAUAAUAAGGGACAUCUUGACGAAAGAUACUGUGUUGCACACCUUGUAAAUUGGGACUUUUCUGGGACAGAUAAGUAAAAUUAAAACCUUUCAGGGACAGUAAGAGCAAAAUUGGGACCUUUCUGGGACAGCAUGUAUAGCACUGGGUGUUUUCUGGAAGAGCAUAAGAAAAUUUAGUACGUUUUUGGUACAGCAUGAGAAAAAUUGAGACAUUUCUAGGGCAGCAUGAGUAAAACUGGGACCUUUCUGGGACAGCACCAGUAAAUUUUGAGCCUUUCUGGGACAGCAUGAGUAAAAUUGAUACGUAUCUGGGACAUCAUGAGUAAAACUGGGGCUUUUCUGGGACAGCACGAGUAAAAUUGAGACAUAUCUGAGACAUAACGAGUAAACUGGGGUCUUUCUGGGGAAGCAUGAGAGACGUUUGAACAUUUCUGGAACAGUAUGAGUAAAAUAGAGGCCUUUCAUUUUUUUGGGACAACAUGAGUAAAACUGGGGCCUUUCUGUGACUGCCUGAGUAGCAUGAGGACCUCUCUGGUAAGUUUCCAGCUUUAUAUGUUUAAAAUGACUGAAGAGCUUCCGAAUUUCUAAUUCUUGUUUCCAAACAUAAUUGUAUGAGUUCGUUGCUAAUUUUAUGAUAAAUCAGUACGUUUAUGCAAAGAAAAUAUCUCGCAAGAGCCAACAUUGUGCUUUACAGUGAAAUAAAAGAAUUUCAACGAUGAAUGGAAGACUCUUGUAAUUGCAGUCUUGUUGAACACAUUUCUUUGAAAAAACCGUCAGUUUCCACGCAAGAGGAUGCUGGAAGUGUGUUUUCUACAGCAAAAUGCUAUCCUUGUUCUAUGCACAAAAGAAUGUGUAUUUGGAAUAAAAACGUUGAAUUAUUAAGCAUAGGCAAUUCAUUGCUUUUCUUGUCAGUCAACUUUAAUGAAUAUUAGUAAAACGUAACAAAGACAUGGCGUCCAUUUUGGAAGGACUUUUAAAAGCAAUCAUCAAGAUGCUGAAGAAUAGAAGAUUAAUCUUUUUUCUUAGAUCAAAGCAAAUCAUUGAGAAAAAGAGGAAAGCAGAUUACCACAGCUUGCGCAGUGAAUACUUUAGAAGCCACAAACCAACUUAACAAGACUUACGGACAAAAACAACGGCUUUAGACCAACAGGAGAUUUCACCGCAACUUUUUAAACUUGAAGGAUGAAGUAAACGUAAAGAGAGAAAGCUAUUGAAAUAAACAUAUACUAACGGGAAUAAUACUUGAUUUUGAGGCUGCUUGUAAAAAUCAUUGAAGCUUAGAGGAUAUCAUUUUCAAAGAAAACUCAUGAUAGAAGAAAAUGGCAGGUAGGAACUGCGAAUUAUUGCGUUUAUACAGCGUUGACGCUAUUCUUGAUAACUUUGUCGAAUCUUAGGUCAUUGCAUCAUAUUGCACAAAUUUAAGGCAAAGUGGUUGCAAAAUUCGUUAUCAACCAAACAAUUUUGAUGCGUGGUAAACAAAAGAAUAAGAACAGUGAGACAAUCCAUGAACAUUGAUAGCAAGCAGCCACGGAGGUAAAAAUAUCAUCGCAAAUAAUGGACUAUUUGCUUCUUACUAAAACCAUGACCGUACUACCGUGUUCUGCUGCAUACUGUCAACUGCUUUCCUUCUAAGGAUGAGUCCACGUAUUGUAUUAAAUAUACGAGGGGUUCACUUUGAAACUUAUGAAGAAACACUUUCGCGUUUUCCAAACACUUUGCUUGGCAGCACAAAUCUCCGAAAACCAUAUUGGAAUAGAGAGAAGAAUGAGUACUUUUUUGAUAGAAGUCACCAUUUAUUUGACACGAUUUUAUUUUUCUACCAAUCAGGAGGUAUAAUUGCAAAGCCAGAAUGCUUUGAUGAAGACGAAUUUCAAAACGAGCUUCGAUUUUUUGGAAUAAUAAAGGAGCAGUCAGAUCUCUCUCUAGUGCAGAAUAGAAGAUGUGGAUUGGUGAAUUUUUUGCGGUUAUUGACCGAUUAUCCGCAGUCAUCAUUGUUUUCCAAACUAUUUGCUGCAAUUUCAGUGAUAAUGAUUACCAUAUCAACUAUAACAUACUGCCUAGAGACAGAAGACAUAUUCAUGUGGAAAAAGGAUGAAGAUGGAAUCUUCGCUAAUGGAGAAAUUUAUCGGAACAGCUUAUUUUUUGUUUGCGAAACAACAUAUGUUUGCUGGUUUGCUUUGGAGUAUAUUCUGCGACUUAUCGGCAAUCACUCAAGAGUAAGAUUCCUUUUCUCACCUCUUGGAUUUGUCGAUUUACUUUCCAUUGUGCCAUACGCAAUAAUGGCUUCCGGUAUUCUGGUUAAAUGUAAAGCAGCUAUAAGAGUUUUAAAAUUUGUACAAAUCUUUAGAAUACUGAAGAUUUCUCGCUACAGCAACAGUUUGAAGCUUUUGGGAAGAUCAUUAUUUUACUGCAAAGGUCAAAUAUCUCUUCUACUAAUAUUCUUUUUCAUUAACUGUCUUGCUUGUGGAUCUGUCUUGUAUUGGGUCGAAAGAACUGUCUGUCCCUCAUCUUCUACCAGUCUUAUGGACACAAUUUGGUUUUGUAUUAUUUCAAUGACAACCGUAGGCUAUGGGGAUAUUGUACCCCGUACAUCUCUAGGCAAACUCGUCGGCGCAGUCACAAUCUUGGUUGGCAUUGUCAUACUCUUUCACAUUUUCAUCCCAGUUUAUCUAUCCUAUUUUGCAUUGCUUUAUGAAAUUUCAAUUCUCCAAACUUUGGAAAGAAAUGGAAAUGAAAUAGAUGUACAACAGGAAGAGCCAGACGAUAUAAAGAACCACAGGCGGAAAUCGAUAACUUCGUCAGUACGAAAGUCUCGUGCAUCAGUUGUGAUAAGCAGAUCUCCUAGUACGUGUGUAAAGGAAUCAACAUCAGCAAACAGAAAGCUGUCUUUUACGAUUAAAGAAGACAAUGCAAUGAGAAGAGUGAAAUAUGACUACCUGAGAAAGCUUUCAUCAACUGAAUCCCCACUUUCAAUGAGUCAGAAAUCUCUCGAACAUCCAUUCACCGAAAGUGUCUUACAGUCUAGAAACGUAAAUUCAUCCAUAAAGAUGGAACACUCUUACAAUGAAUAUGCAGGAAUACAAGAGCAUGAGCCAAAGAACUUUGAUUAUCAAGAAGAGGAUGUUCUUUUCCCAAAGAUAUAUAGCAGUUCCUCCUCAGGAAGGAGUAGAAGACAAGCGGUUUAUGAGCAGCCAAUAUUGCAUCAAGAUGAAUUCGAUGCUGCAAAAUUGUCACAGGGUAGCAGAAGUAAGAUAUUUUGUUCUUUGAAAUCAAAUGAAUCCUCUAGAACAAAAGAGGAUCAUCGGAAACUCUCCCUUAAUGUGUCUAAAGGAAAUCUUGAAGUGUCAGCAAGGAAGUCAGUAUCACUACAGCACGUGUUUUAACGAGAUGUUUAGAUACAUUUAUCCAGAAAACCGAGUUUGAAUUUGCUGAAAUACUUUUGAAAUGCUAGGGAAAAACUUGGCAAAGAUGCUAUUCUUGUGUUUGCCAAAAUAUUAAUACAUCCUCGGUGACCAUCUAUUGUAAAAUGUAUCUUUCUAACUUGUAACAUAUUUUCCUUUAGUUAAAAUCUCUUGAAAAAUACGUCGCAAAAAAUGAUUUGCACAGAAUAUAAUGUUUUGAUUCUAAAUGCUAAAUUUUCUUCCAAAUAUUUUGGGGAACUUUACUGUCUUUAAAUCAGGUUGAUCAGGUUGCAACAUCUUCUUUACAUUACAAAAUUAUUUUCUCAAAAAAAAAUUAUUGAUUGAGUCUGGUAAGCGUGAUACAGCUGUAAAUGAAUUUCGUGCUACCAAACGAAUAAAGGUUUUUACGUUUAAGCACUGAAAGAACAUUCUACUUACCGAUUCUCAUUAAAAGUAUACAGCCUUUAGAGUGCUUUUAAAAAACGGUCGUUGUCUCACAAAGAAAACCGAAGCAAUGGAAUAAACUAUUACUAGCCAGCAAUUGCAAAGCUGGUCUCAAUUGAAUGGUCAUGGUCCGUAUCAGUACAGAAGACAAAUAGGGGUGCGGGGGCGUAGCCAAAUAAGAGGAAACCAGACCUUAUAAGCUCUUGGAAUAGAGAAUAAUGCCGGUUUUAGUAUAUUUGAAUCAAACAUCUUUUGUUGUGUUGCAAUUAAGUCUAUCAAUGAUGUCAAUUUGUAGGAGAUCUUUCUACCCCUAGCCUAAGCUUCCAUGUUUUUUAGGCAAAUCCUGAAGACCAUGUCUUUCAAAGGGUUGCAAUAGAGAAAUUAUUUCAAAUACUACUGCUCAGAUUGAAAACAGAUUGCGGGUGAGAGAACAACAUAAUAUGUACGUUGCGUGUGGUACUUCAUCCAGAAUAGCAUAAUAUAGUGAGCAGGUGAAUUUAGUACCAGAAUGAAAAUAUAAUACUUUGAUUGUUGAAAACACGACGUUUUGAGCAUGUACACGUUAUCAAGUGGCUACAAAAGAAACGAGCCGAGCAAAGAGAAGGCGAGAUCCGAUAUAUAGAAAAGAAUGCGAGAUGCGAUGCAACUGAACAAACACAGAAUAAGGGAAUGGGAGGAAAAUAAGAAAAGAGUAGGAAAUAGAUAUGAAAAGAAAUUAUUGAAGGAAAUUAAAAUAUUUAUUAAGACCAUUAGGAUAAAGAGUUUUUAGGCUGAAAAUUAAACGUCUUGCGGUGCAUGCUAUAAGCCAAGGAUGGAUAUGUCGGCAGUAGAAUAAUUGGAUGAGUUGAAAUGUGUAGAUAUGUUGCUAUCUGCAUCGCCGUGGUGUUCUUCUGUCAGAUGGAUUUUGUUAGCAACAUUUCUCAACUGUUCUUCAAAACGGUUGUUAAUUUGAUGAAGGUUUCGCCGAUGUAAAGAGAUUUACAUUUGAUGCAGAUGAUGCAGUAAAUCACACAGGAAGAAUAAGUGGGGAAGUGAGGUCUGAUGUGGAAGGAUUGGUUAUGGUUGAUGAUAGUGGUCGGUUGGUUAACGUGUGUGCAAGUACGACAGAGGUGAUGUUGGCAGGGGUAAGUACCAGGCUGCGAUGUUUGGUUUAAGUGAUGUUGUGAGUGUUCUGACCAGGUAGUCCUUUCAAUUCCUGUCUCUGCGGAAAGGCAGUAGUGGUGGUGCAUUGAAGAUGUUCUUUGUUUCAGUGUCAUUAAUAAGAAUAUGGAAAUUGUUAUAAAUAAUGUUCUUUAUGCUGUGAGGACAGUUAGGGUGGUAGGUCAAGGUGAAAGGAACGCGGUUGUUGUUGUUUUCUUUGUUGGAUUGUAGAAUGGCAUCAUCUUGAGAAAGUUGUUUUACUUUAUUGAAUGCUGCUUGGGUAUUAUGGUCAGCAAGUGCGUGAACUGCACUGGUUUUAUUGUUGGACAUCCUCCUGAUGUCGUUUUUUUGAGAGAACAACAUAUCUACAAAUAUUUUGAUGAUAUUAAAACUUUCUCUUAAUUAGCUUAUUCAAAUCAGCAGUGGCUAGGAAAUAUCUAUUCCAAUACUGUUACUAAUUGACAUCUUUUAUAAUCUUUCCGAAUUAAGAUGAAAAUGUCUUUGAGAAAAGUAAACAUUUUACGGCAUACUAAUUGCUUUUUCGUCUGACACUCUUUAGAGAAUAAAACGUCAGGUUCUAAAAGAACAGGAUGAAAAAUAAAUACCCAGUUGUGAAUCGAAGUUAAUAGAAAGUUAUCGUUCUGCUCUGUUCAACCCAUGCGUUGUUCAAACCAUCUCCUUCAUUUCUUAACAUUGGCGACGAGGAUGUCUGUACAAC